CCAAGUCCAGUCAGGCUUCCAAGUCCAGUCAGGCUUCCAAGUCCAGUCAGGCUUCCAAGUCCAGCAAUGUCAAGGCGGUCAUUCCUGAGUCAAGCAAGGUAACAGCCGUGGUUCCUGAGUCAAGUGAAGUCAAUGAUCUUCUCAAGCCAGUUCAAGUCACUGCUGGUCUUCACGUGUCAGAUCAAGUCACUGCUGAUCUCCAUGAGCCAAGUCAAGUCACCGCUGGUCUCCAUGAGUCAAAGCAGUUCACUACUGUUCUUCACGAAUCGAGUCAAGUCACAGCCAAUCUCCAAGAACCAAGUCAGACCACAGCUGAUCUUCAUGAGCCAAACAAAGUUGUUGCUGCUGUCCCAGGGUCCAGCCACGUCCCGCCUGACGGCCCAGGGUCCAGUCACGUCCCGCCUGACGGCCCAGGGUCCAGUCACGUCCCGCCUGACGGCCCAGGGUCCAGUCUCGUCCCGCCUGACGGCCCAGGGUCCAGUCUCGUCCCGCCUGACGGCCCAGGGUCCAGUCUCGUCCCGCCUGACGGCCCAGGGUCCAGUCUCGUCCCGCCUGACGGCCCAGGAUCCAGUCUCGUCCCUCCUGACGGCCCAGAGUCAAGCCACGUCUCGUCUGACCGCCCAGAGUCAGGCCACGUCUCGUCUGACCGCCCAGAGUCAGGCCACGUCUCGUCUGACCGCCCAGAGUCAGGUCACGUCUCGUCUGACCGCCCAGAGUCAGGUCACGCCCCGUCCGAUGACCCUAAGUCAAGUCACAUCUCGUCAGACAUCCCAAGAUCACGGCCUAUCAUGAUAGCCAGCGUACUGGAUCCACCACAACCUCCCGAUGCUGCUCUUCCUUUAAUGGCGGUUGCCAUUUGGUGUGUGUGGGCUGCACACUGUGCCCCUGAGGCCACGCCUGUUCACAAGUCAGCUCCUGAGGUCACGUCUGUUCCAAAGUCAAUCCCUGAGGCCCCGUCUGGUCACAAGUCGGCUCCAGAGCUCCCCUCACUUGGAGAAGCCAUGCCAAUGCCUCCUGAGGUGUCAGCCUUGGCUGUAGAUCCUCCCAUGGAGGCGGCAUCCCCCAAUAACCUCUCUGCUUCUCCCCUUGUUCUGUCAGCCUUCUCUGUCUCUGCUUUUCCCAGGUCCCAGACCAUAACGCGGUUUCCUGCUCCGUCCCAGCUCCCGCCUGGUCACAAGCCAGCUCCAGAGCUCCCGUCUGAUCUCAAGCCUGCUCCAGAGCUCCCGUCUGAUCUCAAGCCUGCUCCAGAGCUCCCGUCUGAUCUCAAGCCUGCUCCAGAGCUCCCGUCUGAUCUCAAGCCUGCUCCAGAGGUCCCGUCUGGUCUCGAGUCUGCCCCAGAGGCCUUCCCCGUCGGAGAAGCUGCGCCAAUGCCUCCAGAGGUGUCAGCGUCAGCUGUAGAACCUCUUAUGGAGGGGGCGUUAAACUCUAAACUCUCUGCUUCUCCCUUUCUUCUGUCUGUCUCCUCUGUCCCUGUUCUCCCCAGGUCCCAGACCAUGACGCAGGCUCCUGUUCCGCCCCGGAGGGCUGCUCCGCCUCCUGUUCCGCCCUGGAGGGCUGCUGCGCCUUCUCCCCCUAUUCUGUCUGCCUCCUCUGUCCCUGCUUUCCCCAGGUCCCAGACCGUGACGCAGAUUCCUGUUUCGCCCCAGAGGGCUGCUCCGCCUCCAGUUCCGCCCUGGAGGAGUCCUGCUCCGCCUCCAGUUCCGCCCUGGAGGAGUCCUGCUCCGCCCUGGAGGAGUCUUGCUCCGCCUCCAGUUCCGCCCUGGAGGAGUCCUGCUCCGCCUCCAGUUCCGCCCUGGAGGAGUCCUGCUCCACCUCCGGUUCUGCCGUGGAGGACUGCUCUACCUUCAGCUCCGCCCUGGAGUACGCCUGUGCCUCAUGCUCCGCCCCCGGCUCCGUCCUGGAGGGCCUUUGUGCUGCCGGUCCUGCCUCAAUCACCGGGUCCUCCGCAGGGACCUGGUCCUCCAGCCCUCGCCCUGUCUCGCUCCCGCCCCACCGCUCCCCUGAACUGUUACUCUGUUGGAGCGUCUGGAAGCCGCUCCUUGGGGGGGGGCUAUGUCACAAAUCUGGUCUAUGUCCCAUUGUCCACUAACCACCAGAUGUCACUCUCGCAUCACUUACACACUCUGACUGUCACUAUGCAUCUCGGACUGCAUCUCCCAUCCUCCACCGCUCUGAUUGCGUCAGUCCCCGUGACCAAUCAGGCGUCCUAUAAAAACCCCGCUCCUCCUCAGUGCACUUCACGGUUGGUUGUAUUAUUGUAUUGUUGUUUUGUUAGUAUUUCCUAGUGUAUUCCUAGUUCCUGGUUUUUGGAUCUCCCGCCUGGUUUCCCGUUCUCUUCUGUCUAGCCGCCUGCCUUUUGGACUAUAGCUCUCGUUUAUUGGACCAUUCUCUUCUACUGCCUGUAUUAUUCCUGUCUGCUCCUGCCUCGACCUUGCCUGUACGACUAUGUCUUUGUCCCGCCAAUCCAAUAAAAGCUUGCGCAUGGA